GUGUCCCUCGGACACAGCAGAUCACCGAUCCACGGAAGGAGCCAAAAAUGUCGGCUCGGUCAUGUGAUCAGCUUUGUCCAAAUCACAUCCCCAGAAGUGCCACCUGUCAGUGUCCAUCAGUGUCAGCUCUCAGUGCUCAUCCAUGCCACCUGCCAGUGCCCAUCAGUGCCACAUUUCAAUGCCCAUCAGUGCCACAUCAAUGCCACAUAUCAGUGCCCAUCUGAGCUGCCUUUCAGUGUCACCCAUCAGUGCCAGUCAGUGCCACCUAUCAAUGCCAAUCAGUGCCACCUAUCAGUGCUGCCAGUGCCGCCUAUCAGUGCCAGUCAGUGCCGCCUAACAGUGCCAGUCAGUGUCCAUCAGUCCAUCAGUGCCAGUCAGUGCCACCUAUUAGUGCCCUCAUCAGUG